AUACGCCUAUUACGAAAAGCAGUCAUUUCCGCCUGGCAGACGAAACGUCUACGUUUUGAGAGACCGACCAAAAUGUCUCUCGGUGUUUUAUCUCCAAAUGUGAGCACUCCACCAAACAGCUGCCAAGGCAUACUUAUCGGUGAUAAAGUGUAUUCGGAGGUGUUUCUGGCCAUCGACAGCUCGACAAUACCCGAGGAGAGACUCGCCACGACCCCGUCCAUGCUGGAUGGCCUCGAACAUGAGACAGAGACCGAUCUUCGGAUCCUGGGCUGCGAGCUCAUCCAGUCCGCCGGGAUUCUUCUGCGUCUGCCACAGGUGGCGAUGGCGACAGGACAAGUCCUUUUUCAACGAUUCUUUUACUCGAAGUCGUUUAUCAAACACAACUAUGAUAUUGUUGCUAUGGCCUGUAUGAACUUGGCAUCAAAGAUUGAGGAAUCGCCAAGACGUGUGAGAGAUGUGAUCAACGUGUUCCACCAUUUGAAACAAGGAAAGUGCAAAAAGAGCACCCCUCUUGUUCUUGAUCAAAAUUAUAUUAAUACCAAGAACCAAGUGAUCAAAGCAGAGCGUCGUGUUCUCAAGGAGCUGGGCUUCUGUGUGCACGUCAAACACCCACAUAAGAUUGUAGUAAUGUACUUGCAAGUUCUUGAAUGUGAGAAGAACCAGAUGCUUGUUCAAACAGCAUGGAACUUCAUGAAUGAUGCCCUCAGAACUGAUGCAUUUGUGAAAUCUGAACCGGAGACCAUUGCAUGUGCCUGUAUCUACCUCGCCGCUCGAGUACUACAGAUUCCUCUUCCUUCUAGACCACACUGGUAUCUUCUGUUUGGCGCUACAAAAGAGGACAUCAAAGAUAUCUGUAUCAGCACAAUAAAGCUUUAUUCUAGGAAAAAGCCAAACAGUGAGCAGCUUGAAAAAGAGGUGGAAAAAAUGCGGCUGACUCUGGAGGAGGCUAGACUAAAAGCAAAGGGACAAAAUCCCAAUAGCACGCCAGCUCUCACUGGCAUUGGUAGCUUUUCCCCAGCAUCAAAACCUUCUUCUCCACGAGAUGUAAAGGUUGAAGAAAAAUCGCCAAACUCUAAACUAGUAAAGGAGUCCGAAACCAGACAGUUGUUUUCCAAAAGCCCCUUGAAUGGCAUUAAAAAGGAAGAGAGCAAAGUGUUUCAGAAUGGAAAGAACCACAGCCGGUCUCGAUCUCGCUCCCUGUCUCGUUCUCCACACAGACGUCGGAGAAGCCACUCGGGUACAUACAGCUCUCACAGCAGCCACAGCCCAUCUCCACGGCAACACAAAGGUCGCAGGGCAUCACCACUUACUCAGCUCAGGCCAGAGCACAGACCGAGUGAUUCAAGUCGGCAUAGUAACAAAAGGAGGAGAUCACGGAGCCGGUCUCGCAGUAAUUCCCCCGAACGAGUCCGUGAACGUGACUAUGUGAAAAAUAAGCCUGAUCGUGGUCACCACUGGGACCAUCGUGAGCGUGACCGUUCACGCGAUCACGGCCGAAGCAAACACGAGAGCAGUUCACAUUCUGGACACAGACACAGGAGAUGAGGCACCCAACACUGCUACAAGAAAUGAAGAAAACUAUGAUGGCAUUGGACAACAAGACUAAACUUUAGAUUGGGGAAAAAUGCUGGCUUCAAACAGUGAUUUUCCUGAAUUCUGGUUAUCUUGUUAGGAAGUGGAUGUUCUCUCGAUAAUGAAUUGUUCUUGCUUCUGAGUUCAGUUAGGCAAGGUAGUGGUAAAUUUGUAUGUAUUUGCCAAUUGCAUUUUACCUGGACUUGAAAGUGAAUAAACUGUUAAACGUCCUCCUAUAUCAGGGAUCACAUUUGCACAGAGUAAGGAGCUUAAGAGAUCUGUGUGUUAAUUUACAAAUAAUGCACAACUAUGUGUUUGUUUGUGCACUGUGUGUAUAUAUAUAUAUAUAUAUAUAUAUAUAUAUAUAUAUAUAUAUAUAUAUAUAUAUAUAUAUAUAUAGCUUAUUUUUAUGUCAGAAAUGGAAGACAUUGUAUUUCUAUACAAAAUAAAACAGCUGGUUAUAACUUCCAGAAUUUGUGAAGUUUAUGCCUGUUGCAUGUAUUAAAUGAUUUGUUCAAAAAUGUAGAUGUUGUUCAGAAUCAAAAGGGUUAGUUCACUCAAAAAUGUAAAUUCUCAUUUACUCGUACUGCCAUAUAAGAUGGCUUUCUUCUGCUGAACAUAAACGAAGAUUUAAAAAAAAGAAUAUCUUAUAUUUGUUGGUCAAUUCAAUGCAAGUGAAUGGUGACCAGGCCUUUGAAGCUCCAAAAAGCCAAAAAUAAUAAACAGUCCAUCAAACUCCAGUGGUUAAAUCAAUAUCUUCUGAAGUGAUCCAGUUGGUUUUGGGUAAGAACAGGCCAAAAUGAAACUUUUUCACUGUAUAUCUUGACAACAGUCUCCUUGGCGAUCAUGAUUUCAAGCUCGAUUACUCAUCCUAUAGUGCCAUCUAGCGCUCUGUGCAUGCUUCAAGCACUAGAACGUGCAGUCGAGCUUGAAAUCAUGAUUGUGCUUAGAGACUGCAAUGGCAAGAUAUACAGUGAAAAAGGAGUUAUAUUUUGAUAUAAUGACUGGAUCGCUUCAGAGGACAUUGAUUAAAGCCUAUACUAUCAGGGGUGUCAAACUCAGUUCCUGGAGAGCCACAGUCCAGCAGAAUUUAGCUCCAACCCUAAUUAAACACACCUGAAGCAGCUAAUCAAGGUCUUCAGGAGUGCUUGAAGAUUACGAGGCAUUUUGGAGCAGGGCUGUGGCCCUCCAGCAACUGAGUUUGACACAUAUAGUUUCAUAUUGCAUAUGUAAUUAUGAAUAGAUUUGUCAUGUCAGGUACACAAUUUUUAACACAAUUCACAACACUGGAUCCUAAAAUUCAAUAUAAAAUCCCCACAUCUUAAGGUUUAAGUGCUUGUACUAUGUAAAAAGUGCAGUGUAGCUGGCUGAAUGUGACAUUGUCUGAUUUACCUCUUUGCUCGUGGGGAAAAUGAACAUUCACAGUCCGAACUUGACGAAUUCUCCAACUUUAGGUGAUCAGACAUUUGUAGCACCUAAAAUCACAAAGGAAACAUAAAAGUAAUCUGU